CCUAUUGAUUUUCAAAGAUUUCUGAUAAUUACUGCCAAAGUUAUGGCCCUUGAUCACUUUGAAAAAUCUUGUGGAUGCUCUAGAGGCCAAAGUUAAUAUCCGAUUGACUUCAGAUUGAUACACAGAGUUUAAGAUCUUGAGGCGAACAAGUAUAUUGAUUUUCAAUGAAUUUUUAUGACUUGGAACAGCUAAAUCCAUGAUACAGUAUUAAAAGUUUUGUAUACAAAACGUUAGCAUGGGGCAGAACUUUAUAAAAACCAAACAAAUUCUAAUGAUUUUCUGAGUUGUUGCUCUUAAUCAGAUUUUAGUGUAUUAUAAAUGUUUCAUUACCGAAAAAAGUAAAAAUAUGCGACAACUCUUGUUGACUGCCCGGACGAUUUAGCUGCUGUGGGCGUAUGUUUCGUUGCCUGGCAACCUAUCUUUAAGAGAAGAAUUUUAUGCAUAUUUCAUUUCAUUUCGUUAAACUUAACUUCACUUCACUUGAUCUGUUUCAUUAUGUAUAAAUUCCUUUUCUUACUAACUUACGUAUGGAUAAGGUUAAAAUUGAAAUAUAGCUUACCACAUAGCUUCAGACAUUUUUCUGCUUUGAAUCUUCAAAAUAAUUUAUUGUCAAUAUUAUGCUUGUCAAAUUUGUAGCGUUAAAUAACUUGCGUUUUCCAGGUUGUUUUGGUAUGCAUAUAUUGGCCGUAGGAGGUAUCAAAUCAUUUGGUGUAUUAUUUGUGGAGUUUGAACAUCGUUUUGAUACAACAUCCCGAGCAUUAGCUUCUGUACAAGCUGUAACAACAACCUUUAUGAUGGGAAUGUGUCCUGUGUCUAAUGCAUUGAGUAAAAAAUUUGGAUGUAGAAGAAUUGUAUUUAUUGGUGGUAUAUUUAUGGGAUUAGGUUUUGUUUUAUCAUCCUUUGUUCAAUCCUAUCAGUGGCUGUACUUAACCUACGGUGUUAUAUCAGGUUUCGGAUUUGGGUUAAGUUACGCUCCAUGCAUUGUGUUUGUCGGACAUCAUUUUAAAAAAUACAGAGCUCUAGCUAAUGGUUUAUCUGUGUCUGGGAGUGGUGUAGGAACAUUUCUGUUUCCCAUCUGCAUCAAUAAAUUUAUUGUGUGGUAUGGGUUAGGAGGAGCGUUAUUACUUUUAGGAGCAAUUAUGUUUAAUUGUUGUGUCUGUGCCAUGCUUUUUAGGCCCAUAUCAAGCUAUAAAGACAGAAAAAUCAGGAAUAAAGUUUUGAAAAGUACAAUUGAAAGUCAUCCAACUGAAGCCAAAGAAGUGCUUUUAGAAAAAUUAGAACAAAAUGGUUCCAGGAAUAAUAUUCUUAAUGUAGAAGAAAUGUCCGAUUUAAAUGGUACUACAAAAAAUAAUGCUUUGACAGCAGACACAACACAAAUACUUUCAAAACCGGUGGAAGGUCAACAGUUAUUAGAUUCAAAGACUAAAGCCUCACCAAUGUUUGAUUGGAAAUUAUUAACAAAUCCUGUCUUUCUUGUGUUUCUUACUUCAACUUCUGUCACCAAUUUUGCAUACCCAAAUGUUUUUAUUAUGGUACCAUCUUAUGGAGAAGAAAUUGGAUUGGAUAAAUCAACUAGUGCUCUGAUGGUGUCUAUCAUUGGAAUAUCAGAUCUAGUUGGAAGAAUUUUUUUUGGUUGGUUCUCUGAUCUUAGAUUAGUACCAAGAAAGUAUGAGUUUAUGUUUACAAUGGGUAUAAGUGGAGUGUUAAGUCUUAUUUUACCAUUUGUUAAGGGUUAUGCAGCAUUAAUCGCAUAUUGUAGUACUUAUGGAUUUUUUGCGGGUGCCUAUAUUGCACUGAUUGCUGUGGUGUUGGUGGACACUCUAGGAAUCGAGAAUCUGUCCGGUGCAUUUGGUUUUGUUGGAUUUGGAAUGACAAUUGGUUUAUUAGGGGGUCCCCCUAUAGUAGGUGGUCUUCGUGAUGGUACUGGUACCUGGGAUAAUUCCUUUAUGUUUGUAGCAUUGAUUGCCAUAGUAGGUGCAAUGAUCAUAUUGUUUGAGCCUUUGGCACAGAGAUACAUUAAUAAAAAGAGUAUAAAGAAAGUAACUGAGAUUUGAAGGCCAUACCAUUUAUUUUCUGGUUUCUUAAUUUGUAAAUAAUUUGGUAGGCAUCACUGAAAUUUAUACCAGACAUAAGCCCCAUUUACACAUGGCUGUGAUAAGCACGCCAAUCUCGGCACGGUACCAGGCCGCAAUAAAUUUCAAGAAAUUGACCCAUUUACAUUACUCUAAAAUAACCGGUCUCGGAACCGUGCCAGGCAUGCCAUAUGUGGAACUAUUCACAGAAAAGCUAAAUUCAGUCCCUAUGCAAAUUACCGUAAUGAAAACAAUCAUGGCGGUUGAUUGGCACUGUACUCAGUAUGGCACGCUUAUGUUUUACCCGUUUACACUACAAAAAAUUUAACCGUGGCAUGCUUAAACUUUGUAAUGUAAAUAGGGUUAAAGUCUUUCUUCAUGAUUACUUUAAGAAAAUGGAAACGUGUCUUUUUUCAUUCUUGAUUGGUAGUGAGGUUAGAACUGGUGAUGUUCUGUUUUCCUUGUAUCUGUUUUUAUAUGCCCACAUUUUCAUUUGGAUGUAUUAUGCCGUCGCAUUAACAAAACACAAUUUUUAUGGGAAAAAAUCACUGGUUUUAUUCUAAAAACACGACAUUUCGACAAGUAUCCUCGUAUCGUUAUCAAGCACAAUGACAUUCACUACUACUACUGCCUGGUGGUUUAACAUCGGCUUCCACAGAAGUGAUAUCGCAGACAAAACAUAGGAGAGCCGAGGCUUCCUCCUGUUUUUAGAAUAAGAUUUUGCAAUCUUUCCAUUUGCGGCCUUAGACCAUGGAGUCGGUUUAGUUGGAUGUUCAUCCCUUUAUUUAAUAAAAAACGUAUUAUUUGGUAGUUGAUCUGUGGAGACAGCAUAUAUGCGGACAUAUAUGCAUCUUGUUUCUAGAUUGGUAGAUGUAAUCUUUGUGGGUUUAGUGUUUAGGUGUCAGACCCACAAAGACAUUUAGUAUACUUGAGUUUAAUAUACAUGUAUACUCUUCAAAAAGUAGGGGAUAUUGAAAUGCAAAUACCUAUGCAGGUUGUGAUAUGAUAAAUAGUCAUGGACACUUGACAUGCUUUGAGAGUAUGUUCACAGAUGAAGAACUUAUCGCCCCAACAGAACCACUGAGCUGCAUGUGUGACACGCACUAGCGCCAUACACGUUGGAGGGGUUCAUUGUCAAAUUUUGACACUUCAAGGAAGGGUUGAUGAAAACUGCCGCUUGCUGGUUUAUCCUAUCCAUGUUAGCUUUCCAAUCGGUUCUUGCAUAAGAUUUACUGUUUAACUUACCUUUGCUUUAGUGUGUUGCGUUUAAUUUGAUCGGGAGACGUGUUCGUCAACAUCAACCGACAACACUGCAAGAACUGACCGUGGCACUGCAAGAGGAGUGGGUCAGAUUACCCCAAAUCAUGAUUGGAUGGUUGAUUAGGAGCAUGCCACGCCGUAUUGCUGAAUGUAUGAGGAUUGGUGGAGCAAUUACUCAUUAUUAAGACAAAAAUCAAAAAUGUCCAUUUUCACUUUUGACAGUGUAUCUCUUUCAAGUGAAAUGGGGCCGUCAGAUAAGCCACCCAUAUGAACUGUUUAUGUUCAUGUGUAGGCAAUUGACCUGUUAUUAACAUACCCUGGUUACCUCUAAUAAAAACAGUAGGCAUUUCCACAGUUUUGUAUUGUUUCUGAAUAUCCCCUACUUUUUUUGAGUGUAUAUAAGAGUUCAUGAUGAAGCCAUUUACAAAGAUUAAAUAACAAUAAGAAGUAUUAGAUUAAACAAAAAACAAAACAAGCUAAUAGGCUUACAUUCCAGGCAAAGGAUAAUAUUAACUAUGAAAGCAUUCAAAGGGAGCCAUUGGGUAAAACCAUAUUAUGUUAAUGAGGUAAAAAAGAUGAGACCAUUUCCCAAAAUAUAGAUAACACUAAUAAUUAGAGAUACAAACACCACAUAGCCCAAUCUCAGUUGGUUGUUAGAAUCUGCACCUCGUUCCAUUCGAUUCUAUGCUGCGGGUGGUUAUGAAGAUGCUCCGCUAUGGCUGAGUUGUUGGUAGCAGCUUUGGAUCUGUGUUCCGAUAUUCGUUUAUCUAUAGGGGUCGUUUAGUUUCACCAAUUUAUGAUAGAUCAUAGGAGCAGUUCACUUGGUAGACAACUCCUUUAGGCUGAAUGGGAAGGGUUGGCUUUUGUUUGCCAUUAGCUUUCAGUAUCUGUUUCAAGGUGGUAGGGACAGAGAAUGUAGUAUCGAUGUUGCACUUAAGUAAAUUACUGACUUGAUAUGAUAGGUUGCCAUAAAAUGGCAAGGUUAUUCUGAUCAUCCCUUUUUGUGUUUUUGUUGGUCUCUUUUGGUGUUUUUUGUUGUUUCAUUGAUUUGCUUAUUGACUAGUGAUGGGGUGUAAUUAUUCAAGUUGCAAAACACAUGACGUAGAUGUUCCAAUUGAUCCUGAAGGAAUUCAGGUUCACAAAUGCUUAUGGCUCUGCGUGCUAGGGUUGAUAUGAAGGCUUUUUAUAUGCCCACAUUUUCAUGUGGGCGUAUAUUGUCGUCGCCCCUGUCCGUCUGCCCACAAUUGUUUGUGAACACUCUACAGGUCACAAUUUUUAUCCGAUUUCAACGAAACUUGAAAUAUAGGUUUAUCACCCUGAGAUCUUGGUUCCUUUCGAUAUUGGCAUGUAUCGGACUGUAACUUCAUGGAUUAUAGCCCCUGAUUGUACGAAAAAUCACCUUUGUAGCUUGUCAACACUGUAGAGGUCACAAUUUUUAUCCGAUUUGGGUUAAACUUAAAAUGUAUGUUUAUAACCCACAGAUCUCGGUUCCUUUUGAUAUUCGCGCAUAUUGGACCAUAACAUCCUAAAUUAUGGUCACUGAAUAAUGUUUUUAGCUUGUGGACCCUAUAAAGGUCACAAUUUUUAACCGAUUUAAAAAAAAAAAACGUUUGAAUAUAUCACCGUUACACCCUAAGGAUGGUUGAGUUCGAAAAUCCGACCGAAACAGACGGGCAAAAUGGCCACCCCUUGUUCGCAGAUAGUGUCAAAAUAUUGUGUAUCGGGGUUGUGGACCCUCUGGAGGUCACAAUUUUCAUCUGAUUUUGAUGAAACUUGAAAUGCAUAUCUUUGUUCCUUUCCAUUUUCGUACGUAUCGAAUCGUAACUUCCUGAAUUAUGGCCCCUGAUUGUACGAGAAAUCACGUUUUUAGCUUGUGGACCCUAUAGAGGUCAUAAUUUUUAUCCGAUUUAAAAGAAAAACGUUUUAAUAUAUCACCAUUCCACAGACAAAAUGGCCGCCCCUCGUACGCAAAUAGUGUAAAAAUAUGGUAUAUCAAGGUUGUAGACCCUCUAGGUCACAAUUUUCUUCUGAUUUUGAUGAAACUUGAAAUGUAAGUUAAUAACCCAAAGAUCUUGGUUCGUAACUUGGUUCGUUAUGUUCGUAACGUAACUUCCUGAAUUAUGGUCCCUGAUUGUACUAAAAAUUGGUUUUUAGCUUGAGGUCCCUCAAGAGAUCACAAUUAUUAUGCGAUUUAAAAAAAAAACGUUUAAAUAUAUCACCGCUACAUCGUAAUUUUGGUUGAGUUCAAAUUCCGUGAGAAUCGUACGAAAAUUGCCAUACAAAAUGGCCGCCCUUAGUACACAAUAAUAUUAGUCUAAACAUCUGGUGUAUCAAAGUUGUGGACCCUCUCAAGGUCACAAUUUUGAUCUGAUAUUGUUGAAACUUGAAAUGCAUAUUUAUAACCCAAAGAUCUUGGAUCCUUUCGAUAUUCGGGCAUAUCGGAUGGUAACUUCCUGUAUUAUGGCCCCUUAUUGUAUGAAAUAUCACGUUUUUACCUUGUGGUCCCCCUAGAGGUCACAUUUAUUAUCCGAUUUAAAAAAACGAUCGAAUAAUAUCACCGUUACACCGUAAUGUUUAUUGAGAUUGAAUUUCGUUAAAAUCGGGCCAAAAUUGUAGAGGUCACAAUUUUUAUCCAAUUUAAAAAAAAAACAAACAUGUGAAUAUAUCACCAUUACACACUAAGAUCUUGGUUCCUUUUGAUAAUUGUGGUAACCUCCUGGAUUAUGACUCCUGAUUGUUUGAAAAAUCACAUAUUUAGAUUGCACAAUUUUUUUUCCGAUUGUAAAAAACGUUUAAAUAUAUCACCGUUCCACCGUAAUAAAGGUUGAAUUCGAAUUUUGGGAAUAUCGAAAUGAAACUGCCGCUCUUUGUACGCAAAUUGUGUAAAAGUAUGCAAUGUGAAGGUUGUGGUCCCUGUAGAGGUCAAAAUUUUUAUCCGAUUUUGAUGAAACUUAAAACAUAUCUUUAUAUCCCAAAGACCUCAGUCCCUUUUGAUAUUUGCGCAUUUCAGACCAUACCUUUCUGGAUUUUUGCCCCUGUUUGUACAAAAAAUCCUGUUUGUUUUUAGCUUAGUUUCUAUCCAUCUCUUGCAAAAUGUGGACGUAUCCUGCCUGGCAGUCGCUGGUUAUCCGAUUUAAGAAAAAUGUGUGAAUAUAUCACCAUUACACACUAUAUAAGGUCUUGGUUCCUUUUGAUAAUCGUGGAUACCCGAGCUUAACUUCCAGGAUUAUGGCCACUGAUUGUUUGCAAUUUUAGCUUGCAGAUUCUCUAGAGGUCACAAUUUUUUUCCGCUUUUAAAAACCGUUUAUAAAAAAUCACCAUUCCACCAUAAUAAUAAUAAUAAUAAUAUUUAUUAUUUAACGCCAAUUACAUCAAGAUAGAUCUCAAUAGGCGGUACAAUAUAAAAUGAAAAACAAUAAAAUAUCACAGAGCAUAGUGAAAACAAAGAUGUAUGUUAUAAAGAACAUUUACGUUAAAAGUAGAUGCAUAAUUAAAAAGAAAUCAAUUCAGAAAAAAGUCUAAGAACAAAAUUAAAAAUUGCUUAAAUAAAUGACUCAAAUAUAAUAAUUAAAAUUGAUAAUAUGCUAUGCUAAAAAGGUGAGUUUUUAGUAGGGAUUUAAAACAUUCAAGUGAUGGUGCAUUACGGAUGUUUAAAGGUGUUGCAUUCCAAAGACGAGGGGCGGCAAUAGAAAACGCUCGUUUGCCAUAAAACACCUGCUUGUAUCUUGGCUCGAAAAGUUGUAUUCCUGAUGAAGAUCUGGUGGUUCUAGUUGACUGACGAUAGGAGAUAACAUCACAUAAGUACCAAGGUGCUUGAUUGUGUAGAAUUUUAAAAGGUUGAAUUCGAAUUUCGGGAAAAUCGAAAUGAAACUGCCCAACAAAAUGCCCGCUCUUUGUACGCAAAUUGUGUAGAAGUGUGUAAUACGAAGGUUGUGGACCCUCUAGAGGUCACAAUUUUUAUCCGACUUUGAUGAAACUUAAAACAGAUCUUUAUAUCCCAAAGAUCUCAGUCCCUUUUGUUAUUUGCACAUUUCAGGCCAUACCUUUAUGGCGUUUGUUUUUAGCUUGUUCUCUAUCCAUCACUUGCAAAAUGUGGGCGUAUCCUGCCUGGCAGCCGCUGGUUUGAUGUAGUGGGGAUGGCUUGAGUUGUAAUUAAUAUAUUGAUCUGUAUGGGUUGGUUUUCGAUAUAUUUUAGUUUUCAAUUGAUUGUUUACUUUCACAACUUGAAGAUCUCAAAACGGUAGAGCUCCAUCUUUCUCGGUCACAAUGGUGAAUUUAAUUCUGGGAUGCUGUUUAUUCAUUUUCAUCCAGUAUCACAAACGUAUCGUCGACCUUGUUUAGCCAAGUAAUUGGAGUAAGGUUGAGGUUCUGAGUGCGCGUUCUUCGAAGUCAGUCAUGAAAAUUUCGGAAAUUUAUGGUGAAAGGGGACUGUCCAUACGUAAACCACUAACUUGCUUAUUUAUAUAGGUCAUCCCCCAGGUAAAGUAUGUGGAAUCAAGGCACACUGUAGCUAAUUCUAGGAUGCUGUCUGUAGAUAAUUUAGUUUCCAAGGGUACUUAAAGGUCGUUUAUUCGGGAGUGGAGAGCUUCAAUAGCUUCUUGACGAAGAUAAAAGAUCAACUACAUCGUAUGACACAAUUCUUCUAGGACGGCUUAUUUCUCUAAUUGUCCUACAAAACUCAACAGAGUCUUUAAUGAAGGAGGCAGAGUAUGUUCCUAAUGGGGCGAGUAGCUUGGAUAGGUGUUUAGCAACAUUGUAAAAAAACAGUCUCUUGAACAAGCCAACAAUCUGGCCUUAAUUGGGUUCUUGUGGGUUUUGAUAGUAGCUCGAGCGUAUGGGGGCGUGGAUGGUUAAAUCUUAUACUUCUUAUUGUUAUUGUUAUUUAAUCUUUGUAAAUGGCUUCAUCAUGAACUCUUGAAAUAUAGGUCUUUCUCAAAAAGAUCUCAGUUCCUUUCGAUAUUGGCUUAUGUGGACCAUAAUUUAAUGGGUUAUGGCCCCUGAUUGUACGAAAAAUCACGUUUUUAGCUUGUGGACACCAUACAGGUCACAAUUUUCAUCUGAUUUUGAUGAAACUUGAAAUGCAUGUUUUUAACCCAAGGACCUUGGUUCUUUAUGGAUAUUCGUGCACAUUGGAUAGCAACUUCCUUAAUUAUGGCCCUUGAUUGUACGAAAAAAUCGUGUUUUUAGCUUAUGGUCUCUCUAGAGGUCAAAAUUAUUAUCCGAUUUAAAACACUGUAAUGUCGGUUUAGUUUGAAUUUCGUGAAAAUCGGACCAAAACUGCCAGACAAAAUGGUGGCUCUUCGUACGCAAAUAGUUUAAAAAUAUGGUAUAUCAACAUCAAGGUUGUUGACCCUCUAUAGGCCUCAAAAUUUUAUCCGAUUUUGAUGAAACUUUAAAUUUAUGUUUAUAUUACAAAGAUCUUGGUGCCUUUCGAUAAUUGCGCAUAUCCAAACGUGACUUCCUGGAUUAUGAUCCCGAAUUGUUCGAAAAAUCUCAUGUUUAGCUUGUGGACCCGCUAGAAGUCACAAUUUGUAUUCAAUUUUAAAAAAACGAUUAAAUAUAUCAGUUACACAUCAAUGAAGGUUGGGUUUGAAUUUCGUAAAAAACUGCCAGACAAAAUGGCCUCUUAUUGGAUCAAAAUUGUGACUUCUAGAGGGUCCAUACAACUUUGAUAUACCAUAUACUUGCGCACAAGGGGCUGCCAUUUGUCCGGCAGUUUUAGGCCCAUUUUCACGAAAUUCGAACUCGGCGAUUGAUAGGUUGUAAAGGUGAUAUAUUCAAACGUUUGUCUCAAUCAGAUAAAAAUUGUUACCUCUAGAGGAGCCACAAGCUAAAAAUGCUCUAUUUCGUAUAAUCAAGGGCCAUAAUUCAGGAAGUUACGAUCCGAUAUGCGCGAAUAUCAAAAGAAACCAAGAUCUUCGAGCUAUAAACAUGUACUGCAAGUUUUAUCAAAAUCAGAUGAAAAUUGUGACCUGUAGAGUGUCCACAAGCUAAACACGUGAUUUUUCGUAUAAUCAGGGGCCAUAAUUCAUGAAGUUAUGGUCCGAUUUAUGCCAAUAUCGAAAGGAACCGAGAUUGUUGGGAGAUAGACCUAUAUUUUAAGUUUCGUCUAAAUCAAAUAAAAAUUGUGACAUGUAGAGUGUCCACGACAGGGGCAACGACAAUUUACAUCCACAUGAAAAUGUGGGCAUUUAAAAACCGUUAAAUUUAUCACUGUUACACCCUAUUGACUUGCAAUUUCGUGAUAAUCGGACCAAAACAGCCUGACAAAAUGGCAGCUCCUGUCCUUGGACACAAAUAGUGUAAAAGUAUGUCAUACCAAGGUUGUGGAUCCUCUAGAAGUCACAAUUUUUAUCAGAUUUUGAUGAAACUUAAAAUAUAUGGUUACGUCUAAAAGAUCUCUGUUCCUUUUGAUAAUUGCGCAUAUCAGACCGUCACUUCCUGGAUUAUGGCCCCUUUUUGUACGGAAAAUCGUAUUUUUUUUAGCCUGUUGAUUCUCUAUCACAAUUUUUUAUGAAGGUUGAAUUCGAAUUUCGGGAAAAUCAAAAAGAAACUGCCCGACAAAAUGGCUGCUCUUUGUACGCAAAUUGUGUAAAAGUGUGUAAUACGAAGGUUGAUGACCCUCCAGAAGUCACAAUUUUUAUCCGAUUUAAAUUUGAUUAAACUUAAAAUGUAUGUUUAUGUCCUAAAGAUCUCAGUCCUUUUCGAUAUUUGCACAUUUCAAACCAUAAAUUCCUGGAUUAUGGCCCUUGAUUGUUAAAAAAAUCGUGAUUUUGUUUUAGCUUGUUCUCUAUCCAUCUCUUGCAAAAUGUGGACAUAUCUUGCCUGGCAACCGCUGGUUUUCUCUCAUGAAAACAGACUUUUUUUCAAAAAAGCUUUAAUCAAUAUGGUUAUUUAGUAGAGUUUAAACAACAAAAUUGACUAUUUAGAUUGUAACCCCGUCAGACCGGGGUGGCGUCCUUUACCGUGUGGAACACCAGAUAUCGUGCUAUGGUCGCCAAUGAUCACCAUGUCACGGCGUUUGUUUUGAGCACGUUCAAAACAAACGCCAAGGUUCUGCUAUCUGACCUGGAAAGCUGUAAGAACUCGACUUUUUCAAGUUUGUAAUUUUUGGGGACAUUUUCUCGCUUUAUGUUCACGUUUGUCGACGACCGUGUGCAUUUUCUGGUCAGUAAGAACGCCACCCUGGUCUGACGGGGCUAUUAGUCUCCAAGCAAACUUCGUGGAACAAUGUAAACUAUAGCAAUGGUUUAUUCAUGAUAAUGCUUGUUACCAUUACUUCAGGACAUUUAAUAUGAAAAAGGUCAUUAUCAAAUGUAAAGAUUAUCCGUUUAAACUGUGCCUACUAUCAUGAUUUAUAGUUUACGCAAACUUUUAAUUGCUCAAUCGUAAUGGUUCUUAUGAACAAUAUACAUGUAUGUCAUUUAUUUUUUUAUUUACCGUUGAAAAGAGAGCUAAAAGUGUACAUGUGCACCUAUUAUUGGUUAAACCAAUACUCAACUUGAAUCCCAAUUAAAAUAUAAAGCUAUUUGUUUUUGUCCCCCUGUCUUUCGAAGAAAGCAGGGGACUAUUAAAAAUGGGUUCGUCGGUCUGUCUGUCACACUUUUUGGGACACAAUAACUCUCUUUCUAAUUGAGCUAAAAUGUUCAAACUUGAUGUGGGCGUUUAUUUAUGGGGCGCCGUUUGUAAAUUAAUUAUUUAGCUUUUUAUAUAGCAAAAAACACUAGAUUUAAUUUAAAUUUAUAUAUAUAGUUAAAUCUGGAUUUUUGUGCAAAUUUUUCACUUUUAAUAUUUAAACUAAAAAUACAACAAAAACUCAAUAUUUAACAUAAUAUAUAUUAAUAUUUCUUGAUUUGUCUCUAUUUUCAUAUUUAACAUUUAGCAUUGAA